GCUGCUGUCGACAGACUGUUGAUCUCCUGUCCACCACCUCUCCGCUCGUCACCUCAGAGAUGAUCCAGUUGAGACUGGUGAUGCUGGCUGCUCUGCUCUGCUCUCUUCCCGGUGCUGACGGAGGGAAAGUCCUUGUCUUCCCUGUGGAUGGAAGCCACUGGCUCAACAUGAACUUCCUCAUCCAGGAGCUCCACUCCAGAGGUCACAACGUCACAGUGAUCCGGCCCAAAAACAGCUGGUACAUUGCAGCAGAGUCCCAGCACUACCAGUCAAUCACCCUCGACGUCAUCACUGGAUUCGAUGAGAAAAACAUGCAUCAUUUUGGGACGAGAUUCCUGCAGCUUCGGCGUGACUUCCGCACUUCAUUUGCAGCUCUCGUCGAAGCUUCGGGGGAGUUUAUGACGAUGAUGCAUCAAAUUCACAAAUCUGUGGUGGACAAAAUGGAAGAGAUAUUUGAGGAUGCUAAACUGAUGCAGUUCUUCCAAGAGGCCAAGUACGAUGUUGUUCUGACUGACCCCUGCUUCGGCGGAGGGGUUCUCCUGGCUCAUCGGUUGGGUCUGCCUCUGGUCUUCAAUGUACGAUGGACAAUCAUGGCAGACGGACAUCACACCGUUGCCCCCUCACCGCUCUCGUAUGUUCCCAUACCAGGCAGUGAACUGGCAGAUAGGAUGACUUUUUGGCAAAGGGUGAAAAAUGUUGUCUUUGCAUUAUUGGUUCUUAAUAACUGGCGGAUUAUGAAAGAGUUGUACUACAAUCCAUUUGUCCACCGUCACUUUGGCCCUGAUGUCAACUACGAUGAGCUUGUUCAGGCAGCAGAUAUUUGGUUGAUGAGAACCGACUUUACCUUUGAGUUCCCUCGUCCCACCAUGCCCAACGUCGUCUACAUGGGUGGGUUUCAGUGCAAACCCUCCAAGCCACUUCCUCAACAUCUGGAGGACUUUGUCCAGAGCUCUGCAGAGCAUGGAGUCAUUGUUAUGAGCUUGGGGACUUUGGUGGGGACUCUUCCUGAGGAUACAGCUGAACAUGUGGCUGCUGCUUUUGCCCAGUUACCUCAGAAGGUCAUAUGGAGGCAUACUGGGAAGAGACCGACCACACUGGGCAACAACACCUUGCUGUUGGACUGGCUCCCCCAAAAUGACCUCUUAGGACACCCAAAGACCAGAGUGUUUGUGGCCCACGGAGGCACCAACGGACUUCAAGAGGCCAUCUACCACGGAGUUCCCAUCAUCGGCCUCCCUCUGAUGUUUGACCAGGAUGAUAACCUGUUCAGGAUGAAAGUGAAGGGCGUUGCCAAAGUGGUGGACCUUGGCACGUUGAACAAAGACAACUUCCUGGAGGCGGUGAAGGCGGUGCUUUAUGAGCCGUCCUACAGGGAGAAGAUGCAGGAGCUCUCCAGGCUGCACAGAGACCAGCCCAUGAAGCCUCUGGACCGAGCCGUGUUCUGGAUCGAGUUUGUUAUGAGACAUAAAGGGGCUUCUCACUUAAGGAGCGACUCCUACAAGAUGUCCUGGAUUCAGUACCACUCCAUUGAUGUGAUCGCACUGCUGUUAGUGUCAGUCACGAUGAUGUCACUUAUAUGCGUUUUAACCGUGAAAUAUUUGUGCUGUAAAGUGUUCAGUGGGAGGAAAGAAAAACUGGAUUAACAUUUGUGUUGCUCUGUAUGUACUUCUGUGGUGUAUUUCAUGGCAUGUCUGUGAUAUAAUGCAGUCUGAAUCAUGUCUUUGAGUUGAUUUGAAUAAAUUGGUGCCUGAUGAAACAA